CCGCCCUCCCGCCCUUCUCUUCCACUGGUUUCUAUGUCUCCUGUCCGAGGUGGUACCCAGCAGUAGCAUAGUACUACCAGAAGCAUCGCAACCCCCCCAAAAUACUCCGUUAGCCGACCCGCAACGCUGAUCAACCGACGACAACCAUGGGUGAAUGUCCUGUUCGCCACUCCGCCAACGUCGCCGGCGGCGGCACGCGCAACACCGACUGGUGGCCGAACCAGCUCCGGCUCAAUAUCCUCCGGCAGAAUCAACCGGCGUCGAACCCGCAGAAGGACCUGGACUAUGCCGCCGCCUUCAAGUCGCUCGACUACGAGGGCCUGAAGAAGGACCUCCGCGCGCUCAUGACGGACUCGCAGGACUGGUGGCCGGCCGACUUUGGCCACUACGGCGGCCUCUUCAUCCGCAUGGCCUGGCACAGCGCCGGCACCUACCGCGUCUUUGACGGCCGCGGCGGCGGCAGCCAGGGCCAGCAGCGCUUCGCCCCGCUCAACAGCUGGCCGGAUAACGUCAGCCUCGACAAGGCCCGCCGCCUGCUGUGGCCCAUCAAGCAAAAGUACGGCGACAAGAUCUCGUGGGCCGACCUGCUGCUCCUGACGGGCAACGUUGCCCUCGAGUCGAUGGGCUUCAAGACGUUUGGCUUCGCCGCCGGCCGCCCCGACGUCUUCGAGGCGGACGAGUCGAUCUACUGGGGAGGGGAGCAGACGUGGCUCGGCAACGACGUGCGCUACUCGCAAGGCCGCGAGGGCGUCGCCGGCCAGGGCGCCCUGGGCGGCGACGAGUCCAAGAAGGACCACAAGGACAUCCACACGCGCGACCUCGAGACGCCCCUGGCGGCCUCGCACAUGGGUCUCAUCUACGUCAACCCCGAGGGCCCCGACGGCAUCCCCGACCCCCUCGCGGCCGCCCGGGACAUCCGCAUCACCUUUGGCCGCAUGGCCAUGAACGACGAGGAGACGGUCGCCCUGAUCGCCGGCGGGCACACGUUCGGCAAGACGCACGGCGCCGCCCACUCGGACAAUGUCGGCCCCGAGCCCGAGGCGGCCCCGCUGGAGCAGCAGGGCCUCGGCUGGAGCAACAAGCACGGGUCCGGCAAGGGUCCCGAUACCAUCACGAGCGGGCUCGAGGUCAUCUGGACCAAGGAGCCGACCAAGUGGAACCACAACUUCUUCGAGUACCUCUUCAAGUUCGAAUGGGAGCUCACCAAGAGCCCCGCCGGCGCCAACCAGUGGGUGGCCAAGGACACCGACGCCUUCAUCCCCGACCCCUACGACCCGAACAAGAAGCACAAGCCGCGCAUGCUCACCACCGACCUGGCGCUGCGCUUCGACCCGGUCUACGAGAAGAUCUCGCGCCGCUUCCUCGAGCACCCAGACCAGUUCGCCGACGCCUUUGCGCGCGCCUGGUUCAAGCUGCUGCACCGCGACAUGGGCCCGCGCUCGCGCUGGCUCGGCCCCGAGAUCCCGGCCGAGGUGCUCCCCUGGGAGGACCCCAUCCCGCCCGUCAACCACCCACUCGUCGACGACAAGGACAUCGCCGCCCUCAAGCACGACAUCCUGGCCACCGGCGUCGCCCCGCACAAGCUCAUCUCGACCGCCUGGGCCUCGGCGUCGACCUUCCGCGGCAGCGACAAGCGCGGCGGCGCCAACGGCGCCCGCAUCCGCCUGGCGCCCCAGAAGGACUGGGAGGUCAACAACCCGCCCCAGCUGGCCGAGGUGCUCAAGGCGCUCGAGGGCGUCCAGGCCGCCUUCAACGCCUCGGCCCCGGGCGGCAAGAAGGUGUCGCUCGCCGACCUGAUUGUGCUCGGCGGCGUCGCCGCCCUCGAGCAGGCCGCCGGCGUGCCCGUCCCCUUCAGCCCGGGCCGCACCGACGCGUCCCAGGAGCAGACGGACGUCGAGUCGUUCCAGCACCUCAAGCCCUUCGCCGACGGCUUCCGCAACUACGGCCGCGGUACCUCGCGCGUCACGACGGAGCAGCUCCUCGUCGACCGCGCCCAGCUGCUGACCCUGACCCCGCCCGAGCUCACGGUCCUCGUCGGCGGUCUGCGCGUGCUCGGCGCCAACUACGACGGCUCGUCCCACGGCGUCUUCACCACCCGCCCGGGCAAGCUGACCAACGACUUCUUCGUCAACCUCCUCGACACGGGCGUCGCCUGGAAGUCGAUCGACGGCGAGCUCUUCGAGGGCACCGACCGCAAGACGGGCGAGAAGAAGUGGACGGGCACCCGGGCCGACCUCAUCUUUGGCGCCCACGCCGAGCUGCGCGCCAUCGCCGAGGUGUACGCCAGCGCCGGCGGCCAGGACAAGUUUGUCAAGGACUUCGUGGCGGCCUGGGCCAAGGUUAUGGAUCUCGACCGCUUCGACCUCGCACAGCAAGGCUCGGCCGGUCCUAAGUUGUAACUAGGCUUCUUUCUUGCAGGAGUAGCAUUGAUACUCAUUCCCCCCAACCCAACCCACCUUCUUGGAGGCAUGAUGAAAAUUCAAGUUUGACGUAUUCGUUCUUGUGCUUUGAUGUUGUUGGACUGGGAAACCUGUUUCAAGCCA